UAUGCAAUAACGAAAAAUUUUAGUUUGAAACAAUUAUGACAAAGCGUCAUUUCUUUCUCACAAAUGCGAUUAUAAUUAUUUGAAAUUAAAUAAUUUAUUGAAAUUUCAUGCAUUUUGUAUAAAAAACAUAAAAAUCAUAUAAAUUAAAUAUUAUGGAAUAGAAACUUUAAAAAAUGCAUUUAAUUAGUUUAAUGUUAUUAUUUGGAAUCUUUCUUACACAAAACGCUUUAUGGAUUACGAGUUCAGAAAAGCCGGAGAAGCCCGCAAUAAAUUUUAUGGAACCAAAUACGAUGUUAAUACACACGCCAUUUAAACGCGGCUUGUUCAACAGAGAAAUGCAAAUUUACUGCUAUCGAGGUGCCACAAAAUCGUUAUCUCGCCUCUUAACAAGUAUUGUUUUCCAAUUGGAUGUUGAUGGCGAUGAUUAUGUGCAGUAUGAAGGUUCGACACCGGCCGAAGUCAAAAAACGCUAUAAUCAGAAUCGUUCUUUUCUGAAUAUGAAUUUAUUUUCCCAAAGCCACUCAAGUCAAUCGCUGCCUCCAUUUGCUCAGCGUUGCUUUGGCAUCGAUACGGAUCAUUCUUACGGCGUAUAUUUGAAACAAACAACGGUGGAUUACCGCCGCUUUCUAUUAUUGUUAGGCGGCAUAUUGAUGUACUUUUUUGCGGGAAUUUUGACGACGAAUGCAAUUUUUUAUUACAUAUUUGGUACAAUAAUUGGAGUUUUUGCUUCAAUCUUGCUUAUUGUGUGGGUGUGCGGGAAAUUAUUACCAAAACGCACAAUGAUGCAUGGAAUAAUAAUUGGCGGUUGGGCGGUGGGUUUUUAUUUGUUACGUUUACUAUGGGAUAACAUUCAAAUGAUUUUGUCAACAUAUGCUCAAUAUUUUGCUUCAUAUGUUGCUAUUAGUGGAUUGAUAUCAUUCUUAUUUUGCUAUCGUCAGGGUCCACCGACCAAUGAGCGCUCGCAAAAUAUUGUUAAAUGGUUAAUACAAAUAAUUGCUUUGGCCUCGAUUUAUCUGUCAAGUCAAUAUAAAGAAGCUAUCGUUAUUAUCAUGGUGGCAAUAAUUGUCUUAAAUUAUUUACCCUUGAAAAGAAUACUGCAAGAGCGAAAUAGUGACAAACAUGUUUUAUUGGAAAGCGAUAAUAAACUAUUGAAACCUCUUGAAUCGAAUAACAACUUUGACUCUGACACAGAUACCAGCUUUAGUGAAUUUGAGCUAAACACGCAAAAACUUUAUCCACUGCCUAAUGGUUCCUACAUAUUAAGCAAAGACUACCCGGUUGUUCUGAAACGGAUUCAUGGAAAUAAUAUGGAAAAUGGACCAAAAUUGGCAAGUGGCACGUCUCGAAUACACUAUACAUCAUUGGUAACUCCGAAGAAACGCUUAACAGCCACAGUAUCAGUUUCUGAACAUUUAAAGUCUGAUAAACUAUUAAAGCAAAAGAGAUAAACAUUCAUAAAAAUUUUCAGAUGAGAAGAUAAAAUAAUGUGUUCCGCGAUUGUAUUACGAUUUCACAUAGUAAAGUCCAUAGGCUUAACAUUAAUAACAUUGUUCUACUUAAUAAAAAAAAAGAAAAAUAUUAAUAUAUACACAUAAAUAUACUUGAAAUCGCAUAAUUCUACCGAAAAGACUCAGCCAGGUGAUUAAUAUAAUGAGUUUUGAUUACAAGAAAUUAAAACCUGAGCUGAUAAUUUAAGAAAAACAGAAGAAAACAUAUGAAGUCGGCAGAGAUACGUAAAACUUUAAUCUUUAAGAUCAGUCAUCGUCGCAGCUUUAGCGAAUGGAAAUUUAAGGGCAACAGUGGUCGGAUCUUUAGAAUAAAAUUAAAGGAUCAACUACUUUCAGGUUUCCGUAUAUCGG